UUAAAUGAGUUCAUUUGUAGAAGACUCAAAGAUUUUUGAAUAAGAAAUAUGAGUGUAGUGACUGGACCUGAGUUCCUCUGUUCCGCCUCGCCCUGAGUGCAGGAUGGGGUGUGAAUACUAAAGCAGCAGAUGGUGAGCAGACACAGACAGAGGGUGGGGGCUCUGGAGGGCUUUUGUCUUCGGUGACUAUUGAACCCCGGUAAUCUUAAUCUAAAUUACACCCCGAAUCCCGACACCCGUCCACUCGCCCGGUCGCUGCGCCUUUAUUCUGACGUGAGCGCAGAUCCGGUCAUCAUCAUCAUCAUCACCACCACCAUCCCGGCUCUCGUCCUCGGAAAUCAGAGCUGCUCCCAGACCGGUGCCAUGUCUUUCCAAGGCAAGAAGAACAACCCUCGCGUGGCGGGUGAUAAACUCAUUAUUAAAGGUGGAAAAAUUGUAAAUGAUGACCAGUCAUUUUAUGCCGACAUUUACAUUGAAGAUGGAACCAUUAAGCAGAUUGGUGAGAACCUCAUUGUACCUACCGGUGUGAAGACAGUGGAUGCCUACGGGCACAUUGUGAUCCCAGGAGGCAUUGAUGUGAACACCUGUCUACAGGCCCCUCACCUGGGCAUGACCCCGGCUGACGACUUCUACCAUGGCACCAAAGCUGCUCUGGCAGGAGGAACCACUAUGAUCAUUGACCAUGUUGUGCCUGAACCCGGAACUAGUUUACUGGCAGCGUAUGACCAGUGGAGGGAUACGGCAGACAUGAGGUCAUGCUGUGAUUACUCUCUGCACAUCGACAUCACUCGCUGGCAUGAUGGGCUGUUUGAGGAGCUGGAGUCUCUGGUCAAAGAUAAAGGUGUCAACUCCUUUCUGAUCUACAUGGCGUAUAAGGACCAGUAUCAGAGCUCUGAUACACAGAUCUAUGAGAUGUUUAGUGCCAUGAGGGAACUGGGUGCCAUCGCACAGGUUCAUGCUGAAAAUGGAGACAUUAUUGAGGAGGAACAAAAGAAGCUCUUGGAUCUGGGAAUCACUGGCCCAGAAGGACAUGUCCUCAGCCACCCGGAGGAGGUGGAGACUGAGGCUGUGUAUCGUGCCAUCACCAUUGCAAAACAGGCCAACUGCCCUCUCUACAUCACCAAGGUGAUGAGCAAACCAGCUGCUGAUGUCAUCGCCAAGGCCAGGAAAAAGGGCAUGGUCAUCUAUGGAGAACCAAUCGCAGCCGGCCUAGGCACGGACGGAUCGCACUACUGGAGCAAAAACUGGGCCAAAGCUGCUGCAUUUGUCAUGUCUCCUCCGCUCAGCCCCGACACGAGCACGCCGGAUUACCUCAGCUCACUGCUGUCCUGUGGGGAUCUUCAGCUAACAGCCAGCGCUCACUGCACCUUCACCACGGCACAGAAAGCUGUUGGAAAGGACAACUUCACUUACAUCCCGGAGGGGACCAACGGCAUUGAGGAACGUAUGAGCAUCGUCUGGGACAAAGCUGUGGCAACUGGUAAAAUGGACGAGAAUGAUUUUGUUGCAGUAACGAGCACAAAUGCUGCAAAAAUCUUCAACAUGUAUCCUCGGAAAGGCCGAAUCGCUGUUGGAUCGGAUGCUGACAUUGUUAUCUGGAACACAAAGGAGACGAAAAUCAUCUCGGCCAAAUCUCACAAUCUGACAGUGGAGGUGAAUAUCUUUGAAGGAAUGGAGUGCCGAGGUUUCCCUGUGGUUGUCAUCAGUCAGGGCAGGAUCGUUCUGGAGGACGGGCAACUCAAUGUGACAGAGGGGUCAGGCCGCUUCAUCCCCAGAAAAGCCUAUCCGGAUUUUGUCUACAAGAGAAUCAAGGCCAGAGGCAGGAUGGCUGAUGCUCGUGGUGUUCCUAGAGGAAACUAUGAUGGCCCUGUUCAUGAUGUCAUCAGUAUGACAAAAUCUGUACCAGCCACUCCCACCACUAGAGGGCCCUCAUGUCCAGGAAAGACCCCACUGGGACCAGCUAGAAAUUUGCACCAAUCUGGGUUCACUUUAUCUGGCACUCAAAUGGACGACCACAUCCCCAGGCGUACGGCACAGAGGAUCGUAGCGCCACCUGGAGGUCGUUCCAAUAUCACAUCCCUCUCAUGAACCUCAUCCACCAGAGGAUCCAACAGCAGCAGUUCUGCCUUCUCCGGCUUCCAAUUUUAUAUUACCUGAAUCAUGCAAAUAUUAAUCCCAGUAAAUCCAUACACUCUGCCAACCCGAUAGGCUAUGCAGCAACUCACUAUAGCUUUCCAUGAAUUCAUAUUCGCUAUAUAAUCUGCCUCUCCUCUGGUCAGACUCACUCAUAAUGUAGCAUGCUCUUUUAUCAAGAGUCACCCAGAAUCCAUUCUGCUUUAGCGUAGCAUUGAUGGCGUAAAGACGGCUAGUGAUUGUUGUGUUUGUGAACUACUGAAUGGAUCUCAUUCUGGUACUGCCUUUCAACCAGUGCUUUCCUCCUGCGACAUGUAGAUUCAGAAGAGACGUUUAAAGGGGAAGUGUGUUUUCUGUGGAAACCUAUUUACGCCAUAAAAUUAAAAAAGAAAAAAAAGGUAAUUGCAACUUGUUUCCUCGUAAUUUUGACUUUUUUUUCCUCAAUUAUGAGUUCAUAUCUUAGAAUUCUGACUUUUGACUUGUGAGAAUGUUACUGCAAAUAUUAAAAUAAAUUCUGAGAUACUUUUUUUUUUUUAAAUUCUGAAUUGUAAUUGUAAGAUGUAAACUUGGAAUUCUGUGGGGGGA